CGCGACAAAAGGGGUUGCUUUCCGUACAUUCUUGGGCCUUUUCUCCGUUCUCCGCAGCAGCUCUGGCCGGCCGGCGAUUUAUGUACAUGCCACAUCAGGUUUAUUGAUUUGAAUUCUGAAACUGUAAAGGAAUGAUAAUUUCCCUGAAACAGAAUGGCAGCUGGCGGUAGCACUCAGCACGCGUUGAGAAGAGCCCUUGGAGUUUUAAAGGAUUCCACUACAGUUGGAUUGGUAAAAGUAAAUAGUGAAAACAAGGGGCUUGAUGUGGCCAUUAUCAAGGCCACAAACCACGAUGAAGCAUUGCCAAAGGAGAAACAUGUCUCGUCUAUCUUCAAUGCACUUUCAGCAACAACAACUCGUACAGAUGUUACAUACUGCAUAAGUGGCCUUACCAAGCGUCUUGCUAAAACACAUAGUUGGACUGUUGCAUUAAAAACACUGGUAGUGAUACAUCGUGCAGUAAGAGAAGUUGAUCAUACAUUCCAUGAAGAGCUAGUUAAUCAUACUCGGGGUGCACGUAUUAUGUUCAACUUGUCUCAUUUCAGGGAUGAUUCAAGUCCAAGUGCAUGGGAUUGCUCUGCUUGGGUUCGUACAUAUGCUUUAUAUCUUGAAGAACGCCUUGAAUGUUUCCACAUGUUGAAAUAUGAUCUACAGAAAAACCAUUCAUUAUGGACUUUGUUUUUUCCUCAAAUAAAUCCUCAACAGAAAACAAAAGAGCUCGACACCCCAGAAUUGCUUGAGCAGUUACCUGCCAUGCAGCAACUACUUUUCCGCCUUCUUGCUUGCAAGCCAGAGGGAUUGGCUGUACACAAUGGCUUGGUCCAUUAUGCCCUUUCAAUUGUUGCAGGUGAAAGUGUUAAGCUAUAUGUUGCAAUUACUGAUGGAAUUCUCAACAUGGUUGACAAGUACUUUGAGAUGGAGCGGCAUGAUGCUAUUAGGGCAUUAGAAAUUUAUAAGAAGGCGGCGAGUCAGGGGGAAAAACUGUCAGAGUUCUUUGAGAUGUGCAGUAGCCUUGAUUUUGGACGGCGACAAAAGUAUAUCAAAAUUGAACAGCCCCCUGCAUCAUUUCUAACUUCCAUGGAAGAAUACGUGGCAGAGGCACCACAUGUUUUAGCACUUGAAUGGAUACAGAUACAUGAUGAUGAGUGUGGUACUCCCAGAGAAGUUCCUGCUCCACAAGCUGUUUUGUUAAUUGAAUAUAAACAAGACAACGAUCAGGAAAAUUCUGAUCAAUGUGACACAGCAUCAGACGCAUCAAACAGCAACCAGAAUGAGGCUGCAGUGAGGAAUUUCGUUGCUGAUCUUUUGGGCUUGAAUGAGUUAACCCAGGAAGAACCAGAGUUAGAUGAGCAAAAUCCUCUAGCACUUGCCAUAGUCCCAUCUGAUAAUUCAUUAUGUAGUGAAACUAGCAUCAAUUCGACAUCUCAAACUACAAGUUGGGAGCUUGCACUUGUCACAGCUCCAAGCUCUAAUGGCGCUGCAGUUGCAGCGAGUAAAUUGGCCGGUGGAAUGGAUAAGUUAACACUGGACAGUCUAUAUGAUAAUGUCAUGGUUAUGGAAACGAAGAAUGGCACAAACCAUACGGGACAGAUGGCAUCUAAUCCUUUCGAGUCUUUUCAUGAUAACCAGGAUUCAUCUCCUGCUUCCAGUAACAUACCACUGGCAACGAAUUUUCAAAAGGUAACUUUAAGUCGAGAACAAGCUUUGCUAAUGAUGCAGCAACAGCAGCAAACCAUGAUUGGUGUUGACUCGAGUAAUCCUUUUGGAAAUCCUUUUGUUGAUGAAAAUAUGCCAAAUUCCUUUGUUGGUGAAAAUGUGCCAUUACAUUUGCCUCAAAGUUCUAACUCUAGCUUAAUUUAAUGGCCUCUGGAAUUAGAUUCUGAAAUUUCAUUCAUCAAUUCUGAAAUUUCACUUAUCAGUUGUAUACAAUAAAGCAGAAACAAAGGAAUUGGCAGAGGAGCAACAGCUACAUUAAUUGCGGGAGCGACCAUUCUUUCAGUUUCACCCCCUCACUGGGUAGUCUUUCGCUACAUGCAUUGGAAUGCUAUAGUCAGGUUACAGAUAGACCUACCAGUCUCAAUUGAUCCACUCUUAAUUAA